UCGAUGCCCUUCAGCAGCUUCCCGACGCUCGCCCGCAUCUGCUCGAAGGCCGCCAUGGCUGCGGAGGCAGGAGACAGAUACAACCCAGAAAAUCUUGUCACUCUGCAGCACUACGUGGAGACCCAGGCCAAAGAGAACGCCUAUGACUUGGAGGCCAAUCUGGCUGUGCUCAAACUGUAUCAGUUUAAUCCUAACUUAUUCCAAGUCUCAGUGACUGCCCAGAUCCUCCUCAAGGCACUGACCAACCUUCCUCACACCGACUUCACACUCUGCAAGUGCAUGAUUGACCAGGCUCGCUCAUUUGCCAUGUAGUUGGAAUCACAUACCAGCACAUAGACCGGUGGCUUCUGGCCAAAAUGUUGGGCGAUCUAACAGAUAAUCAGCUGAAGUCUUGGAUGAGCAAAUACGGCUGGGUAGAAACGGAGCCUGGGACAAUAUUCAUUUGCAACCAGGAGGAGAACAUCAAGCCUAAAAACAUCGUGGAGAAAAUAGACUUUGACA